UUGCAGUGAGCCGAGAUCGUGCCAUUGCACUCCAGCCUGAGUGACAGAGCAAGACUGUCUCAAAAAAAAAAAAAAAAAAAAAAGUUUCCAGAGGUCAGUAAGGUGUCCCAGGCGCUCUAAGCUGUUCCCCUGAGGGACUUACCAGAGGCUGCUGGAGUAGGGAAGUAAUGGGCACAGGAGGAAUGAGGCUGGGUGCCUGGUCUGCAGGGUCAAGUGUCCCCUGAGGGGUUUGGAAGGCAGGCACCUGCUCUUUCCCCAGAUGUCCGCUGGGCUCACUCCCAGACCCACUCAAGGGUUGCUCAAAUGUUGCCUCCGUAGAGAGACCUUCCCUGAUCAAAUAGUACUCACUAGUCCUUUAGAUCCUUACUCUGCCUUAUUUUCUUCAUAGCACUUAAUACCACCUGCCACUACAUUUAGUUGAACCAUACAGAAGUAUUAAAUACCAGCAUUUUAAAUUACUUGUUUAUUGAGACAAGGUCUCGCUCUGUUGCCCAGGCUGGAGUGCAGCUCAGUGCAGCCUCGACCUCCCAGGCUCAAGUAAUCCUCCCACCCCAGCCUCCUGAGUAGCUGGGACCACAGGCGUGUGCCACCAUGCUUGGCUAAUUUUUAUUAUUAUUGUUAGUAGAAACAGGGUUUCACCAUGUUGUCAAGGCUGGUCUCAAACUCCUGGGUUCAAGUGAUCCUCCCACCCCAGCCUCCCAAAGUGCUGGGAUUACAGCCAUGAGCUACCACGCCCAGCCAACAAAUAAAUGUUGAAUGAAUGGGUCAAUGAAUCCUUGGGCUGAGUAUCUGGCAAAAAACUUAAUAGAGGAGUUGGACGUGAGUUGGAGCCAACUCUCACAGAGGGGACACUUUCUGGGGCAGGGACUGGACAGCCAAAGGGCAGGGGCUGGGGUUGGGCAGCUGGAGUACCCGGGCAGAGCUGACAUAGUCCACUGGGGAAGGAGACUCUGGCGAGACCUACUGUGUGCCAGGCACUGAAUUGGACACUUUUCUAGUCAUCUCGUUUAGUCUUCACAACAGCCCUAUAACAUGGGUCUUAUCACCCACUCUCGUUUUACAAAUGAGAAAACUGAGGCUUAGAGGAGCCAACUAACUUGUCUAAGAUCACACAGCUUACCACGCCACAGAGCAGCCCACAUCUGCAGUCUUUCUUCUGCAUCUCCCUGCCUCCUUGCAAUUUUGCUUGUUUCAUGGAGUCUUGAAAGCCCCAAAAGAGCAUGGGACUCUCUAGAGCUGGGGCCAGACCUCUAGGGCUCCCUGGCCUGUCCCACCCUCACAGGACCCCAGAUGUGUCAUGCUUUCUCAUUUCUGUGGAGGUCUCAUGGUGAGGAUGUUCCUGCUGGCCCAUCCCCAUUAUGGUGAGGAGGUUCAUGCUGGUCCUGCCAUAUGGGACAGACAGGGUGGCUGCUGUGCUUGUGGGGCAAGAUAGGGUCUGGGUGGCCAGGAUAGGGGACAUGACAGUCUCAUAGCUAUGUGGGGCUUUUGUCUUGAUCUCUAAGAAACCAGUCAUCAAUUCCCACACCAUGUCUCUGCCUCCAGAGGCUCACAGGCUAGCUAGGAAGACAAUGCAACAACAGCAGCCACUUCUCAGGCACUUGCUGGGCACCAGGAAUUCCAGUUGACAGUUAAAUGUGCAGACUUAGGAGCCAGAUGCCAGGUAUGAAGAUCAUGUUCACCACUUUCUUAGUUAUGUGUGACCUUGGGCAAAUUACGUAAACUUUCUGGGCCUCAGUCUCUCCAUCUGUACCAGGGGAAUAAUUAUAUUGGAAUAGACUAGACCAAAGCAGCCCUGACAUCUGGGAGCUGCCUGGUCCUAUCAGCCAGGACUUGGUUGCUCAGAGCUGUCCAGCCUGGUGCAAUUCGGUUUUGCUGUGCUGAACAUAGACGAUUUCACAGACAUCAGCAUAGAACAAGGCCAUCCACGACCAGGGCAGACUAAGACAAAAAUGAAACUACUCCUUAAUCAUAUCUGAACACAGACAAAACAUGAAUAUUGUCAAACCACAGAAAUGACCCAAAUCCCCCUGUAGAGCUAAGCUGAGUGGAGGCUGCUGGUUUACCAGCUGUAGCUUCAGCCUUGCUCUAGUCUGCUUUCCUUCUAGGCAAGAUGUAUUAAGACUCCCAAUCAUAGUGUUAGCUCCACUUCCUGACAGCAUCAAUCCAGAACAAAGCCUCACUUCUUAACCCCUCCCCAAUCACCGAACACAACUCCAAACAUUAGACUAAGUCCUUUCUAACGCCCCCUUCCUGGGACACCCCAUGAUCCCCACGGUGCAUGCUCUCCCUUGUUGCAACGAGUCAUCAGCUCAGCUUGUUCACCCACACGUGUGUUUCUGGUGAUCUCUGGUUGGAGGCAUUGAAAGUUCCUACCUCAUUGGGUUGUCGUGAGGAAUAUGUACUUGAAAUGGUACAAUCCUAAGGCUCUUUCAAUAUGCUUGUCAUACUUUAUUAUUAUCCCCAUUUCACAAGGAGGACACUGGAGCUCAGAGAGAGGGCCAGCCAGACUUUGCCCAAGGUCACACAGCUGGUAAUGACAGAGAAGGGAUGUAAAUUCAGACCUCAUUCCAAAGCUAGUUUCCUGAAUCCCUGCCUCCACGCUCAUAGGGCAGAAACCAACAAGACAACCUUGGGUUGGUGUCUGGAGAGGAGAAGAGCAAAGGGCCCUUGGAACUCAAAAGAAGAGAGCCUCAGGCUGGAGAAGCAGGGUAUCCAGGAUGACCUGAGUGACCCUCUCCUCCUCCCCUCCCUUUCAUGACUCCCCAGCUGGAUCCUCCAAGGGCUCCCUCCCAGACUGCCUGGCUGCUGAGUAAUGCAGAGCCAGUCAGGCCCAGAGUAGGGGUCAGUGUCAGCAGAGUCGGAGGCCUGAGUCACUUCCUGACCCUUGCUCAAGAGCAUCCGGAGCCACAGCCAGAGUGGCCGCUCGUGCCCUCAGAAGAUCGCACCCACUUGGGCGAUGAGCAUGUCCUUGGUAUCCCCACCUUCCUGGGCUCACCUCUGCCCCACUCAGGUGUUUAAGACGUGCAGCAGAGAGGCGCCAUCCUGACCUGGUGCCACAUCCUAGCCCCUUUCCUUACUGGAUCCUCAAACCAGAAGAAAACCUGAAUCUCUGAGGUCAGUUACUCUCUUUUGCCUGCGUCUAGCCUAAAAUCUGGCUUCCAGGACCCCACCCCAACUUCAGAAUCAAGAUACCUUGCACUGGUGCCACUGAUCCCAAAGGUCCAAAACUCCUGCAGCACUCACAGGCAAGCGACCCCGUUCCUUAGGCUCUCAUGGGGUCUCAGGGCCAGAGUAGGGAGUCGGGGAGGGAAAAGGCUGGGGAAAAUAUCAGAUACCCCAGGGCAGGAUGGACUGAGGGAGACACGGUUGGAUCAGUAGACAUGUCCUUAUGAUGUGGGCAAGGCCAUUUCCUUUGAGGAGCAAUUCUGUCAACUCUAGGCCACCGCAUAGCCUCGCAGCCAAGAGCAGGGACUCUAGAAUCAGGCUGUACUUGCUUUCACCCAGCUCUGCCCUUACCAGCUGUGUUACCUUGGGCAAAUUACUUAGCCUCUCUGUACCUCGGGUUCCUCAUCUCUAAAAUGAGGAUAAUCACAGUACUGACUCAUAGGCCUCUUACCAGGAUUAAGUGAGUUAUAUAAAACACUUAAUGACUGGCACAUGGCAAACACAAGUGUGUAUUAAAUGACUCUUUUACAUCUAAUGGGCUGACUCCUCCAUUCAUUCUCCACACAUUUGCUGAUAUAUUGCCAUGUGCCAGAAAUGAAAAAGACAGAUUGCCUGACUGAAAUAAUGGCGGGUGGUGUUGUGUGAUGAUGGCACUCCACCCUCACCUCAGAAUGAUCUUCCAGGCUGUGCCUGAGGCUGCAGGACUGCCUGGGAGGGUUUGGGGCACAGAGUUUGGGGGCUGCAGACUCCCUAGUGUGGACCCCCGGCUUGCUGUAAGCCCCUAGCCAGUUUCUUUCCUUGUUCAAUAGACCUUCUCUCUUUUUGACAAAGUGAAGCAGGUGGUCCCCGCCCCUUCCACAGCCCCACGCCUGGGCAAGAGAGGGGUUGGACAAGUCAGGCUGGGCAUCCAGAGCCCUUGCAGCCAUCUCCUCCCCCCACCUCCCCACCUUGCUCCUCAGAGGCCUUUGUGGUUUGAGCAUAGAAUCUCCAUCAGGCUGCACAGGCCACCAGACAGGUGGCAAGGGCCCCAAUUAGUCACUGUCCUCAUAGAGCCUUAGGAAGUCCACAGAAACUGUGUUCAAAACUGCACAUUUGGGCCAGGUGUGGUGGCUCACUUCUGUAAUCCAAACACUUUGGGAGGCUGAGGUGGGCAGACCACCUGAGGUCAGGAAUUGAAGACCAGCCUGGCCAACAUGGUGAAACUCCGUCUCUACUAAAAAUACAAAAAUUAGCUAGGAGUGGUGGUGUGCACCUGUAGUCCCAGCUACUCAGGAGGCUGAGGCAAGAUAAUUGCUUGAACCUGGGAGGCGGAGGUUGCAGUGAGCUGAGUUGGCGCCACUGCACACCAGCCUAGGCAAUAGAGUGAGACUGCAUGUCAAAAACAAACAAAAAUCCUGCACAUUUGAGCCUGCAUGGAUAUUUGGUAUUACAGAAUUAGUGCUAUUAAUUUUAGGUUUAAGAAUGUAUUGUGGGCCAGGCGCGGUGGCUCACGCCUGUAAUCCCAACACUUUCGGAGGCCGAGGCGGGUGGUUCACGAGGUCAGGAGUUCAAGACCAGCCUGGCCAAGAUGGUGAAACCCCAUCUCUAUUAAAAAUACAAAAAUUAGCCGGGUGUGGUGGCAGGCACCUAUAAUCCCAGCUAAUCGGGAGGCGGAGGCAGAGAAUUGCUUGAACCCGGGAGGCGGAGGUUGCAGUGAGCCGAUAUGGCACCACUGCACUCCGACAGAGUCUCAAAAAAUAUAUAUAUAUAGCAUUGUGGAUACGUACUUUCAAAAAUCCUUACCUUUUAGAGAUACAAAAAUAUUUAUGAAUAAAAUGAUAUGACGCCUGGGUUUUGCUUCAAAACGAUGGUGGGAGAGGAAUGUGGAUGAAAUAAAAUUGAUUAUGAGUUGUGGUUGCUGGGGAAUUGGGGUCACGGGGGUUCAUUAGAACCUCCUGUCAGAUGUGGUUCAGAAGCCUCAGAUCUGGGAGCUGGCUAGAAAUGCAGGAUCUCGGCUCCACCCCAAACCUACUGAGUCAGGAUCUGUAUUUUAAUCAAAUACAAUGCCCAGGGGAUUCCUGAGCACACUCAAGUGUGAGAAGCGCUGGCUUACUCUGUUCACUUCUUUCCUGCAUGUUUGACAUUUUCCAUAAUGAGGAGGUUGUGGGGUUUUGUUCUGCUUUCCUGUGUGUUCACAGUCACAGGGAGCUCUUCCUACGGAGACCGGGGCUGGAGGGAGCUGGGAAGCACUGCCUCCCCGCUCCUGCUUGGACCCACCAGCCCCGCCGCUGGCCCGCGCUCGGCUGGGAGGCACCGGGGUCCCGCUGGGCAGCCCCGACCCCGUGCCUGGGCCGCACCUGCCGCGGUGGCUCCGUCGGGCCGGGCGGAAGCGCGGGAGCGCAGGGCUGGACAGGCCCGGGCGUGGCGGCCCCGGCGCACCUGGGCGAGCCGGCAGGUGGGAGCGUAGCAGCCCGGGGCCCCCGCCCUCGCGCGGGGGAGGAGCGGGCGGCGCGGGGCGGGCGCAGCGGGGGUCGGGGCGCUAGGAGCCCGUUGGGCCGCGAACGCAGCCGCCACGCCGGGGCCGCCGAGAUCGGGUGCCCGGGAUGAGCCUCAUCCGGAAAAAGGGCUUCUACAAGCAGGACGUCAACAAGACCGCCUGGGAGCUGCCCAAGACCUACGUGUCCCCGACGCACGUCGGCAGCGGGGCCUAUGGCUCCGUGUGCUCGGCCAUCGACAAGCGGUCAGGGGAGAAGGUGGCCAUCAAGAAGCUGAGCCGACCCUUUCAGUCCGAGAUCUUCGCCAAGCGCGCCUACCGGGAGCUGCUGCUGCUGAAGCACAUGCAGCAUGAGAACGUCAUUGGGCUCCUGGAUGUCUUCACCCCAGCCUCCUCCCUGCGCAACUUCCAUGACUUGUGGGACCUGGCACUGUUCCAAGAAGCCCUCACGCCUUCCAGCUACCUGGUGAUGCCCUUCAUGCAGACGGAUCUGCAGAAGAUCAUGGGGAUGGAGUUCAGUGAGGAGAAGAUCCAGUACCUGGUGUAUCAGAUGCUCAAAGGCCUUAAGUACAUCCACUCUGCUGGGGUCGUGCACAGGGACCUGAAGCCAGGCAACCUGGCUGUGAAUGAGGACUGUGAACUGAAGAUUCUGGAUUUUGGGCUGGCACGACAUGCAGACGCCGAGAUGACUGGCUACGUGGUGACCCGCUGGUACCGAGCCCCCGAGGUGAUCCUCAGCUGGAUGCACUACAACCAGACAGUGGACAUCUGGUCUGUGGGCUGUAUCAUGGCAGAGAUGCUGACAGGGAAAACUCUGUUCAAGGGGAAAGAUUACCUGGACCAGCUGACCCAGAUCCUGAAAGUGACCGGGGUGCCUGGCACGGAGUUUGUGCAGAAGCUGAACGACAAAGCGGCCAAAUCCUACAUCCAGUCCCUGCCACAGACCCCCAGGAAGGAUUUCACUCAGCUGUUCCCACGGGCCAGCCCCCAGGCUGCGGACCUGCUGGAGAAGAUGCUGGAGCUAGACGUGGACAAGCGCCUGACGGCCGCGCAGGCCCUCACCCAUCCCUUCUUUGAACCCUUCCGGGACCCUGAGGAAGAGACGGAGGCCCAGCAGCCGUUUGAUGAUUCCUUAGAACACGAGAAACUCACAGUGGAUGAAUGGAAGCAGCACAUCUACAAGGAGAUUGUGAACUUCAGCCCCAUUGCCCGGAAGGACUCACGGCGCCGGAGUGGCAUGAAGCUGUAGGGACUCAUCUUGCAUGGCACCGCCGGCCAGACACUGCCCAAGGACCAGUAUUUAUUUGUCACUACCAAACUCAGCCCUUCUUGGAAUACAGCCUUUCAAGCAGAGGACAGAAGGGUCCUUCUCCUUAUGUGGGAAAUGGGCCUAGUAGAUGCAGAAUUCAAAGAUGUCGGUUGGGAGAAACUAGCUCUGAUCCUAACAGGCCACGUUAAACUGCCCAUCUGGAGAAUCGCCUGCAGGUGGGGCCCUUUCCUUCCUGCCAGAGUGGGGCUGAGUGGGCGCUGAGCCAGGCCGGGGGCCUAUGGCAGUGAUGCUGCGUUGGUUUCCUAGGGAUGCUCUAACGAAUUACCACAAACCUGGUGGAUUGAAACAGCAGAACUUGAUUCCCUUACAGUUCUGGAGGCUGGAAAUCUGGGAUGGAGGUGUUGGCAGGGCUGUGGUCCCUUUGAAGGCUCUGGGGAAGAAUCCUUCCUUGGCUCUUUUUAGCUUGUGGUGGCAGUGGGCAGUCCGUGGCAUUCCCCGGCUUAUUGCUGCAUCACUCCAGUCUCUGUCUCUUCUGUUCUCUCCUCUUUUAACAACAGUCAUUGGAUUUAGGGCCCACCCUAAUCCUGUGUGAUCUUAUCUUGAUCCUUAUUAAUUACACCUGCAAAUACUCUAUUUCCAAAUAAAGUCACAUUCUCAGGUUCCAGGUGGACAUGAAUUCCAGGGGGAAAUGAUUCAACUCACUACAGACAGCUGGGAGGGAGGGGCCCCUUCCUGGGCCCCGUGCUGAGGCCUUGUGCUCUGUGAAGGAACCCAAUGUGUUUGGCUGCUAAAUUAAGGGAGUUGCAGAGAGAGCUGCAGCUGGUGCGAUUGCAUUCAGGUUAUUUUGGGUGAGUGAUAAGCAAUCAAGAUAUGAAACAACAGCAGGCUCGGAGACUGCGAGCUGCACAGGCAGAAAUGGGCUCUUGCCUGGCUUGAUGGCAAACCGUUCUGCUCCCUUUGGGAGAUGGCACAGCUCUCCAGAGCUUUGACCUGACAGUGGCUAGAACCUCUCUGUUUUUAUCUGAGAAACUUUGGCAGAACAAAUUUCCAUGUGCACAAGCUGUCAGGGGCACAGUGGGUCUCAAAUUUCCUUGUGCACCAGGGGACUUGUUAAAAUGCAGAUUCCUGGGCCCCACCCCAGGGCUUGUGACUCAGCAGGUCUGGAGUUGAGACCUUAGAAUGUGCAUUUGAAUGAGGACCUGUCGCCCUGACCCAAGCCUAGUGAUUCUGAUGGAUAUCAGACCAUAGUUCGAGACAUUUAGUGGAUUUCAGUCAUACUUGAUUUGUUGGGAGGCCUAAAUCAAAAACCUAUAGGAGGAGACUGGGGGGCUUCAGAUGGAGCUUCACACUCAUCUUACAGGUGUUAAAACUGAGGCUCAGAAAGCUUUUGUUUGUUUGUUUGUUUGAGACAGGGUCUGGCUCUGUCACCCAGGCUGGAGUUCAGUGGCACAAUUACAGCUUACUGCAACCUCAGCCUCCUGGGCUCAAGCCAUCCUCCCACCUCAGCCUCCUAAGUAGCUGGGACUACAGGUCUGUGCCACCCAGGUGCACCAGGACUACAGGUGGCUAAUUAAAACAUUUUUUUCUUUUUUGUAUAGGCGGGGUUUCUCUAUGUUGCCCAGGCUGAUCUUGAACUUCUGGACUCAAGUGAUCCUCCCACUUUGGCCUCCCAAAGUGCUGGGAUUAUAGGCAUGAGCCACCCUGCAGGCCCAGACAGCAUUUUUAAGGCCUUGAAACUCUUCUGUUUAAUACUGUAAUGGUGGAUACCUAUUGUGCAUUUGUUACCAUCUGUAGGACUGGAUAACACAGAGUGAACCCUCAAGUAAACUAUGGACUUCAGUUAAUAAUAAUGUAUCAGUAUUGGUUCAUAAAUUGUAACAAUUGUGCCACACUAAUGCAAGAUGUUACUCAUCAAGAAAACUGAGGAGAGAGAAGGGGAGGAAGUAGGUGGGAACCUCUAUACUUUCUGCCAACCUGAAACUGCUCUAAAAAAUAAACCACAGGCCGGUCGCAGUAGCUCACGCCUGUAAUCCCAGCACCUUGGGAGGCUGAGGUGGGUGGAUCACUUGAGGUCAGGAGUUCAAGACCAGCCUGGCCAACAUGGUGAAACCCCAUCUCUACUAAAAAUACAAAAAUUAGCUGGGCUUGAUGGUGCAUGCCUGUAAUCCCAAACUACUCGGGAGGCUGAGGCAGAAUUGCUUGAACCUGGGAGGUGGAGGUUGCAGUGAGCUGAGAUCACACCACUGCACUCCAGAAUGGGUGACAGAGUGAGACUCCAUCUCAAAAAAACAAAAAAAAACAAAUACCCUGAGGCCACAGAGACAUUGGGUCAGACACCCACAGCUAGGAAGUGGUGGAGUCAGAUUGGAACCCAAGUAGGCUUGAGCACUGUGCCCAGCUUGGAUUCAAGGGUUGCCCAGCCUUCCCUCUUCACGCCAGUCUGAGACCUUUACUGCUGACUGUGUCCAUGGUCUCUGUUUUCUCUCCCACAGAAUGGCCCUGCUGUCAAGGAGUUGGGGAGUCCUUGACUGGGACUGGCUAGUCUUGCCACAGCCCUGGCCUUGCUGGUUACUAAACUGCCCCAGGUUCCCUGAGUCUACAUCCCUCUAAGCCUCCUGAGAAUUCUCACUGCCCCAAGGAAAAAGUCCAGCCUUCCUUCUUGGCCUGGCAUUCAAAACCCCUUGUGUUCUCUCUAAUCUCAUCAGCUCCCACUGCCUCCCCUAGCUAGUCCUUAUGUCAGUGUGGGACACCAGUCCUGGGAUCCACCGUAAGGUUCAUUCUGCAUUCACAGGUUAAAGGUCUUGACAAGUCCUGCAGUAAAGAGAUCCGUUCCUCAUUUAAUCCAGAACUUCCCAGAUGUACUUAACCGCAGGACCCAUUUUCUCCCAACAGCAUGACACACAUAGCCUUUUUUGCCCAGUGCAGCCCAGUGCACAGGUCCCGAUAUUGCCUCUCCCCAAGUAGGCUUGGCCUUCUUUUAGUGCCCGUGCGUGGAAGGCCCUCCAUUCUCCUCUCCAUUCUCCUUGGCCUUCAAGGCUCUACCUUAGGCCUCCCUCCAGGCAGCUGUUCUCCAUCAUCCCCCCGGGCUGCAGGCCCUCUGUGGGCAGCAUUUAGUGUGUGGUUUGGCCUCCCCUUCCCGUUGCCCACUGUGAGCAAAUAUCUGUGCGUGAAUGAAUAAUGAGUGAAAGAUGUCCCAGGGGCCUGUUGGUCACUUCUUUGCCCCGACCAGGCCAAUGUCAUAUGGAAGGUGGCAGAGAGCCCAGCAGGAAGCAGAAGUGGGCGGCCCUGGGCUGUACCUUUGAGCUGCUCUCCCGAAAAUCUCUUAUUAUUUCAGACUCCCAGACCCCACCCCCCACUUCAUCCUCUGGUGUCCUCCUAGGCCAUCCCCACUCCGGAAUUAAACCUCAGCCCCUCCCACAGAGUUUUCUCAAACCUGUGAAGUUUCUUCAAAAGGCGGUGGAGGCGCUCAGCAGUGCAAGGUGGGGGGUAGAGGGGGUGGGGAGUAAAGGGAGUGGGGGUUCCACGGGUUUGGGUCUUGCCCAGUGGGCACAUGGCCUGUGUAAUAGGAAACAAGUCCAUUCUCCUGCUGUCGGGGGGCAGAGGAGCUGGCGGGGUGAGGGAGGGGGAGAUGUGGGCUCAGGUAUUCUUGGUGGAUGGGCUUCGUUCUGUGGCUGAUGGGGUGGCUUAAAAGAUCUUAACAGAGAGAGAUCAGGAAGCCAGACUGCAAGGUCGGGGACAUUUCCUAAGAGCAAGUGUACCCUCCAUUCCCUCUUUUGAGGAACAAAGAGUAUCUUUGCUGGGGCCUGAGUCAUCCAUGAAAACAGACAGCAGUGGUGUCCCAGGGCAGGGCUUGCCUGGCAUGGAUUGGGGUGGUGCUGCCCCCAGUGAGGGGCAGCACAAGGGGAGACGGAAACGGAGGAACAGCCUCUGUAAGGGCAAGCCCAGUGUGCACCGGUGCCCAGAGCUGCCUGAUGGAGGAACAGUUCCGUAAGAGUGAGCCCAGUGUGCACGGGUGCCCCGAACUGCCUGCGUGAGGCUGGGGGCUAGUUUGGAUGAGGGCAUGGCUCAACUUUCACUUGGCACAUUGAAAUAGCUUUUGCUGUCUGCUAGGGUGUGGAAAACUGUUUUUCCAUGGCCCCAAGCAAUGCUAUAGCCACAGCUGAGGAGGGAGGAAUCUCUCCCUGCCUCUCCUCCCAACUCUUGGCUUUUGCUUCCUUAAAUUUGAACAAUUCCCUAAGAUCUAAUGCUGGGAGGCUCCCCUUCCUUCAUUACACAGUGAACUCAGGUGCUCUAUCUGCAUUCCCCCUAAAUCCUCCUGAGCUUUUAGGUAAGAGGCCGGUGAUUUCACAAUCGGCAGCAGAAGCCUAAGGACAUUCCAUCAAACUGAAGAUGGCAGCAAGUUGUCCUCACUUCUUCGUUGAGCACCCAUGGGUGUGUACUGGAGCAAGGGUGGUGCCAGGGAUUCUCCUGCUCUGGUUCCUCCUGCGGGGUCCCUGCUCAGCUGGGCAGCUGCCCUCACUCUGGGCGGGUGGCAUGUGAGUGUCAACAGGGCCCCUCUCAGUCAGGGGCUCUUGGCCAUUUUUUGUGCCAUGGAUCGCUUCUCAAAAUCAUAUUUUCUUUUCUUUUCUUUUGAGAUGGGGUCUCACUCCAUUGCCCAGGCUGGAGUGCAGUGGUUCAAUCACAGCUCACUGUAGCUUUGACCUCCCUGGGUUCACGUGAUCCUCCCACCUCAGCCUCCCAAGUAGCUGGGACUAUAGGCAUGCACCACCAUGCCUGGCUAAUUUCAGAAUAAUAUUUUCAUACACAUAAAAUAUGUAGGAUUACAAAGUAAGCUAGUUAUAUUUAUAUACAGUUGUCAAAAUAUUUUUAAAAUGUAUAACGUGGUACUAUGUGUAUAGGUUUCUUUAUUAACAUAUUGAAUAAAAAGAUCGAGGGUAGGCCUAUUAAACAAUGGUAAAUUGAAGUAGAGAUGAGUGUAAACAAUAUUUUAAGAUAACUGUGGCAAAUGUAAAGGGAUAUGAAAAACUCUGUGAUUUCUAUUGGCACUGCUGAUACAACUGCACUUUGCUACCUUUGUUCAUAACCAAGGAAAUAGAAAUGACUGAAAAUAAAGUUGUAUUCUAUUCCAAUCCAA